AUGGAUCGACUUUCUGCUGAUAAAGAGGCUGCUCUAGCACAACUGGCCUCAGCUGAGACCCAGCUACGAAGUGCUAAAGUGAAAAAUCUAGCCCAAGCCAAGAAGAUCGAGGAGCUUGAGGCAAAACUCGCUGAAGUCGGGGCUGAGGUUGCUGAGGCCAAGGCCGAAGUUGAGAAGACGAAGGCCAUGGCUGAUAAAACCAUCACCGUAUACUUAAGGGAUGCCGAAGUAGUUCAAGCAGAGCUAAGGGAGGCCUCCGACCGGGAGAAACGGGUCAGUGAUUUGGCCAAGUGUAAAUCCUGGAAGGAGACCCUCGAAGAGAUCCACACUCGAGGUUUCGACCUCACCAAUGAGAUAGACCAAGCAAAAGCACUUGAGGGCGAUUCCAAGUUUGUCGUUUGUUUCGAUGAUGAAGAUUCUGUUAGUGGCACUUAG